GGUGAUGAGGGACAGUGAGAGAGAGAGAGAGAUGGAAGGAGGAGAGAGAAGUGGAGGCUGCAUUUUGCUCACUGCAGAGCCUUUCAUUGAUAAAGUAGCGCUGGUGUGAACCAGAGGACUGCAGCUGGACACAUCACACACUCUCAUACACCCAAACACACACACACUUCCUGGGUGUUUGUUUACAGGCUGACACCACAGCGGCAUCAAUGCAUUCACUCACAGUGCACACUCCAAACAACUGAGGACACACACAGACUGACCACACACUCUUAUUGAAACAGACAUCCUCGCAGACACCCUCCAUCCUCUUCUCUCUCUCCACUCUCUUUCGGGUAUGUGUGGCAUAGUUCAGUGACACCUGAGGAGCAAGGAGUUGGUGCAUCUGAUCAUCUGGGACCAGCUUUUGGAAGGAGUCCUUGGAUGAAUAGAGGCUGUUGAAGCUGCAGCGGAACCAGCCAACGCACCAGUAAAAGUCGUGUCCGUCACCCUGGGAUCUACGGAGGCAAGCGGAGUGCCGGUGUCGGCCAUGAAGCUGGUGAACGGGGGAGGAGGAGGAGGAGGAGGUGGAGGAGGCGGAGGAGGAGGAGGCGGCGGGGGAGGUGGAGGAGGUGGAGAAAAGACUGCCUUUUCCUUUAAGAAGUGCUCUGCUUUCCAGUUUGUCAAGAGGAAGGUGCAAAGGUGGAUGAGGAACCCCAAGGUGAGCGUGGAGAAGGCCCAAGGGAAAGGCAUCUACCCGUGUCCAAAGUGUCCGCUGGCCGACGACCUGUGGUACACGCACUUCCCCUCGCCUUACGGCUGCUGUCACUACGGCGGCCUGCAGGGCGGACAGUACUACCACCAGGAGCCGUGCUCGCCAUGCCCUGCCAGUGGGCAAACCAGCGGCCAUGACAAGAGCAAAGGAUGCAAGGUCAGGAAGUGGAAGAUGCUGGCUCGCCAUCACGGCGACGGUACGGGUAAGCAGAAGGAAGCAGAGUCAGACGUCCACCUGGGUGGUUGUCAGUCGUGGGGGAUCCACGCCUCGCCCCUCCUGGCCAGCCCCGUCAUGCUGGAGUGCUCCAUCUGCAGUGGGCCCUACAUCAGCUACGCCCUGGAGGAUACCUGGCAGCCACGGCAACGCACACAGGCGAUGGACCUGUAUUACCACAAUGAGUCAGACCCAGACAGCUACUGUUGCCCUGGCGACAACAACACUUUCAUGAAACAGAGGAGGAUGGGUCUGAACGACUUCAUUCAGAGGCUUGCCACAAACUCCUACGCCUGCAAGCAUCCCGAAGUUCAGUCUAUUCUGAACUUGAGUACUCCUCAGGAUGCUGAGCUCAUGAACACAAACCCGUCUCCUCCUCCUAGUCCAUCCCAACAAAUCAACCUCGGUCCAUCCUCCAACCCCUCAGCCAAACCCAGCGACUUCCACUUCCUCAAGGUGAUCGGCAAGGGGAGCUUCGGCAAGGUCCUGCUCGCACGCCACCGUGCGGAUGACGAGUUUUACGCCGUCAAAGUCUUACAGAAAAAGGCCAUCCUCAAGAAGAAGGAGGAGAAACACAUCAUGUCAGAGAGGAAUGUGCUGCUAAAGAAUGUCAAGCACCCGUUCUUGGUUGGCCUGCACUACUCUUUCCAAACAGCGGACAAACUAUACUUCGUUUUGGACUACAUCAACGGAGGAGAGUUGUUCUACCACCUACAGAGAGAGCGCUGCUUCCUGGAGCCCAGAGCCAGGUUCUACGCGGCAGAGAUCGCCAGCGCGCUGGGCUACCUCCACUCCCUCAACAUCGUCUACAGAGACUUGAAGCCGGAGAACAUCCUGCUGGACUCGCAGGGACACAUCAUUCUUACGGAUUUCGGCCUGUGCAAGGAGAACAUCGAACUCAACGGGACCACGUCGACCUUCUGCGGUACACCAGAGUAUUUAGCUCCUGAGGUUCUACACAAGCAGCCGUAUGACAGGACGGUAGACUGGUGGUGUUUAGGAGCUGUGCUCUAUGAAAUGCUCUAUGGCCUGCCUCCGUUCUACAGCCGCAACACAGCAGAGAUGUACGAUAACAUCCUGAACAAGCCGCUGCAGCUGAAACCCAACAUUUCCAACGCAGCCAGACACAUGCUGGAGGGCCUGCUGCAGAAGGACCGAACAAAGAGGCUGGGCUGCACAGAGGACUUUAUUGAAAUUAAGAACCACAUAUUCUUCUCUCCCAUCAACUGGGAUGAACUCAAUGCCAAGAAGAUCACCCCUCCCUUCAACCCCAACGUGACGGGACCCAACGACCUGCGGCACUUUGAUCCAGAGUUCACAGACGAGCCGGUGCCCAGCUCCAUUGGCUGCUCCCCAGACAGUGCGCUAGUCACAGCCAGCAUCAAAGACGCUGCUGAGGCCUUUGUGGGCUUCUCCUACGCCCCGUCUAUGGACUCCUACCUAUAGGAUUUAAACAAAGGCACUCAAUGGACACCAAUUCAGACUUAUGGGACAUGAACUGUGGCGUGUCCAUUGACUUGCAUCUUGACCCCCCACCUUACAUUUCCCAUCGGGUUGAUGGAUGUUCCCGAAACCAACCCCCCUGCAACAACUCUGCAUUUGCAAAAGAAUUUAAACGUGUACUUGCCAUAAUGUCUCCAGAUCUUGAAAGAAGAAUUGCUGCAAAGAGGAAGCCUGCCAUGAUUAGACGACUCAUUGGGGUUGUAGUUGUUCUCCAUUUUACACUGAUUUACCAACGCACAAAUUCUUCAACCUUCCACACAGACACAAACACUCUGCAGCCUUCAAUUGGCCAUCUCUGGAAGGUCUGUUUGCACACAGCUCAGGCAGCUUAAAAAGCCCCCCUUGACCUUGAAGCCACAACCAACAAGCACACACACCAACUUUUCUCAAAAGAGGAUGACUGGAUUCUUCUGUACCAGCCCUGACGAGGAUUUCCAUCUUCAUCUAUGUAGCGAAACAUCUUCCCUAUUUUGAGAUUCUGUCUAACCCCCUCCACAGGGGACCUAUUGGUUGAGUUUGAUCGAGUAGCUUGGAGAUCACAUCCAUUUUGGUGCUUUAGUUUCUUCUCAUUUACUUUCUGUGUGGUUGAAAAAGGGAGUCACUUGAAGCCGAAUGUUACAGAGGGGGAUGUUUAAUUUUUUUUUUCUCAAAUGUGCCUUUUAUUUUUUUUUUCUCUCCAUCAGAUCUCACACCUGACUUCAGGUGAGGAGGAUUUAUUUUUAAGUUACCAGAGGGGAGCACCAAAUUAACACACCUGUUCCCGCAUUAACAUGUGAGACGUAGAGAACUCAAAUGAUGUUCCAUAUCUUUCGUUUGCACAUAAAACAAUAAUGGUGAUAGAGAGAGAGAGAGAGAGAGAGAAAGAGAGAGCACAGCUGCUAGGUGAGAAAAGAGAGUGAUGUGUUCAGAAGUGCUUGUGUAGUUCUGCUUUAUCAAGUGCAUCCCCCUCAUUUAGUCUUCCAUUCGCCUCACAAUAAUUUAACGGCGACCCGCAGCCGGCCUGACGACAUCGAAACUGAACAUUCCAUUUUAAUAUUGCUGUAAUGCAGUUUGACGGUAUUUAAGUUUGUUUGUAUAUUUGGAGUAAUGUGUACUAGUUUUAAUGUAUAUUAUUAUUGAACAAAAAUGACUAAAGGUAUGCUUAAAUAUAUAUGUAACAAUAUAUGUUAAAUGUACUGUAAAAUUGUAAAAUUAAGAUUUAUGUGACCAUGUUUGGUUUGCAAUAAAAGUUUAACUUUAUUACACCUUA